AUGCAUUUCGCUUGUUGUUUUCCACGGCAAAUUUGCAAGAAUAAAAACAAACUUGUAGAUGAAGAGGUAUUUGCAUUGAACAAACCGUCCUUUGAUUUUCUUUCAUUUAUUUAUUGUUUUUUAUUUGAAAUGGUGUUCUUGAGAAACUACUUGAUAUGUGUGAUCUUACUGUUGGGGCAGCAGCUACAUGGAUACAAAAGCUGUGUUGAAAAAGAAAGGAAGGCUUUGUUAGAGCUCAAGAAAUACAUCAUCUCAAUUACUAAAGAAGUGGAGUUGGAGACAAAGGAAGAAAAUGUUCUCCCUUCUUGGACUGAUGAUGACACAACGAGCGACUGCUGCCAGUGGAAAGGCGUUAUGUGCAACCAAACAAGCAAACGGGUAACCGAGAUUGCCUUUGGUGAACUGAAACUCAAACAGAGUUCUCUCCUGAAUCUUUCUUUGCUGCAUCCCUUUGAAGAAGUUCAAAGUCUCAACUUAUCCAAGUCCAGAUUCAGCAACUUACACCCGAUAGAAGAGAGAGGAUUCCAUGAAGAGACAAACAACCAAUUUUCUGGCUUCUUUGAUGAUGUUGAAGGUUAUAAAAGCUUAGGGAGAUUAAGAAACCUGGAGAUUCUGGAUCUUUCUUCAAAUAAAUUCAACAACAACAUCUUUCCGUUUCUUAAUGCCGCUACAUCACUUACAACUCUUUUUCUCCGGGAUAACUACAUGGAUGGUCCUCUUCAUGCUAACGAACUUCAGGAUUUGAUGAAUUUGGAGCUGCUGGACCUCAGUCUUAACAGAUUUAAUGGCACCAUACCUUUAAUAGAGCUAUCUACCAUGAUGAAGUUAAAAGCUCUGGAUCUAAGUGACAAUGAAUUUUCUGGCACAAUAGAAUCGCAAGGCAAGCUUCUGUGUUUGGUUACCUUAGGGAUUUGCAACCUGAAGAAUAUGCAAGAGCUUGACUUAAGUAGAAACAAACUAUCUGGCCAGUUUCCCUCAUGUUUAACUAGCUUGAGUGGAAUUCGAGUUCUUGCUCUCUCAUCAAAUCAAAUGACUGGGAAGAUACCAUCUUCUCUCAGUAACCUUGAAUCGCUCGAGUACUUAUCAUUGUUUGAUAACAACUUUGAAGGCUUCUUUUCAGUUAGUUCGCUUGCAAACCUCUCAGAGCUUAGGGUAUUAAAACUCGGUUCAAAAUCCAACUCACUCCAAGUAGUAGAGUCUCAAGGUUCUUGGAAGCCAAAAUUUCAGCUAAACGCUAUUGUACUAGGUUCUUGCAACUUGGACAAGGUUCCUCAUUUUCUCCUACAACAGAAAGGCUUGCGUCACGUUGAUCUAUCCGACAAUAAAAUAUACGGAGUUUUUCCUUCUUGGCUAAUGGAAAAUAAUACCCAACUCAAAGUUUUGCGGCUACAGAACAAUCAUCUCACAAGCUUUCAGCUACCAAAAUCUACUCACGGUCUGGCUUUCCUGGACGUGUCGAUGAAUGAAUUAAAUCAUUUGUUUCCUGAGAACAUUGGGUGGAUACUUCCUCGGUUACUGUUUAUAAAUAUAUCGAGUAACAGUUUCCAAGGAAAUCUACCAGCUUCUCUGAGCAACAUGAAAAACAUUUUAUUCAUGGAUCUAUCUCACAACAGAUUCCAUGGGAAGAUACCAAGAGGCUUUUUAAAGGAAUGUUAUUACAUUGAAAGUUUGAAGCUGUCACAUAACAGACUCAGUGGAGAGGUUUUUCCCCAAGGAGUAUUAUUUUAUAAUAUAUCAGAGCUGUUAAUGAAUAACAACCAGUUCACAGGAAAUAUUGGGCAAGGCUUACGUAGCAUGGAGUCCUUGGUACUUCUAGACAUUUCCAACAACAAUCUCACAGGUGCUAUUCCAAGCUGGAUCGGCCAGCUUCCAUCCAUAAUUGGACUACUUCUCUCAAACAACUCGUUAGAAGGCAACAUACCAACCUCAUUGUUCAAUACAUCCACUCUCAAUCUACUGGACCUCUCUUCAAACAUUUUAUCUGGAGACAUACCCCAACACUUUAAAUCCAUGAAGCCGAUCGUAUUGCUCCUUCAAGACAAUAACUUAUCAGGGGCCAUUCCGGACGGAUUACUAAAGAAUGUCCCUGUAGUUGAUCUGAGAAACAACAAAUUGUCUGGGAGCAUUCCGAAGUUCACCAAGGCCCAAAACAUCCAUACUCUUCUCCUCCGAGGGAAUAGAUUAACAGGCGGUAUUCCUAGACAGUUGUGUGGGUUAAGCAACCUCCACAUUCUUGAUCUUGCCAACAACAAGCUAAAUGGAUCCAUACCUUCAUGCGUUGGCAACACAUCGUUUGGUGUAGGACAAGAUCAGGAUGCGUUACGAUAUAUUGAUUUAGUCUUUGGUAAAAGGUUUGGUAACUUCAAGAUUGGUUUUGAACUGGAACAGGAUCACAUUAAUAAUACCACAAAAUGUGGUGUCGGAAGAAGAUGUUUCGUUUCUCUUCUUGUGCUGGAUCCGUUUUACUUACCCUUCCCUGAGUUAUCCACCCCGACCAAAUUUGAGUUUGCAACAAAGCACCGGUAUGAUCCCUACAUGGGUGAAAACCUCAGACUAUUGUUUGGGAUGGAUCUCUCGGAAAAUGAGCUGAGUGGUGAGAUCCCGUUUUGGCUUGGUGGUCUUCACCAACUACAUGCUCUCAAUCUUUCUCACAAUAAAUUAUCAGGUGGGAUACCGAAAAGCUUUUCAGGUCUGAAGAACGUGGAGAGCCUUGAUCUUUCUUUCAACGGAUUACAAGGAGAGAUCCCAUCACAACUAUCUGAGCUGAGCAACCUGGCUGUCUUCAAUGUGUCAUACAACAACUUAUCAGGAGUCAUUCCACAAGGAAAGCAGUUUAACACCUUUGAUGCACGAAGCUUCUUAGGGAAUCCUCUUCUAUGUGGACAAUCAACCAACACAAGCUGCGACGAUGGUAACUCAAUUCACACUCCAGCAGAUAACGUAGUGAAAGACGAAGAAAGCAAAAUUGACAUGGAGUCUUUCUACUGGAGUUUUGCUGCAGCCUAUGUCACAUUAUUUGUUGGAGUGUUUGCAUCUCUCUAUUUUGAUUCACCUUGGAGCAGAUUUUGGUUCUGCAUGGUUGAUGCUUUCAUCCAGAGAGUGAGGCUAUUGUUGUGGUAA